AUGGCCGCACAAGACCUCGACCCUCGACUCUUUGACGGUGACGAUGACGCCGAGGACCUCGCAUACAAGCAAAUCCUCAACGGCGUCAUCGCCCAAACCACGCCGCCGUCGCAGGCUGCAACCCAGAUUGACAAAUGGGUCACCAGCGAAGCCAAGAUGCGAUUUCGCCAGCUAAAGGACCGCCAGCUCACCCAGGAAGAGAAAGAUGGCUUGAACCUCUUUGGGCCCAAUCCCUCGAGACAUGUCGAUAUGAUCGUCGGGUCCAUCGCGACAGUGUGCUCCGCCUAUCCGCCCGCCCACGCUGCGCAGAAUGCCCUCGUUGGAUUUAUUGAGGCGCUCAAGGCUAUUCCGAAGCAUCAAGUGCCUGGCCUGAGCUAUGACAACUCACAUGAGCCUGUCUUGGAUGAGACAUAUUCACUAUGGCCAUUUGGCACUCGCUCGACGCAAUACUUGGCGCAGAGGUUCCAACGAGAAGCCGAGGAAUUCGCAUACCCCUUCUCCGAGGUAGAGACGCCCGGCUCUGAGUUCCAACUCCGCUGGCGAAACCUCCAAGCCUUUAUCGCACGCCUCACGACAUUGGACCUGAUUGACUGCAGCGCCGUAUCUGCGCUGUCCUACAUCCUGCCCUCGGCGCUUACGUAUCCUGAUCUCAAGGAACGCAAGAAGGGUGGUCCACAGAGAAUUGCGGCCGAUCUUGUAGCUGCGUCGCAGUGGUUGGCACCGGACCAGGCGCGCAGCUGGGUAUACAAGCAGUGCAAGGCGAAUGCUGGUGAGGCAUUGUGGACCAUGCAAAACUGGGGGCAGUGGAAGGAACAGCUGUCCUUUAUUGCGGGCGAUGAGCGGUUCGGAGACGAGACCCGUGCCUUGGCUCGGUCGUUGGGGGAUAAGAUGAAUGCGCUCGAGUAG